AUGUCCAUGUAAUAGUGCCGUGUAUUUAUGCUGGCGUGUCGCUGCCUGCUGUUCAUUUCAUCAGAACCAGAUUAAGAAUGAAAACUACUCGGCGUUAAGUAUAAAGUAUAUCUAAAUAAAUCUGCAUCAAAGCAAAGCAAGAAGAGUUUUACUACUAAGUUUGUACAUACUUACAUAUAUAUACAUAUAUUUACAGCUUACAAUUAUCUCAGUGUAUCCAAAGACAGCAGACUGACGAGAUAUAUAUUAACAGAUAGCUGUACAAUUGUGAAAUAAAAAAAACGUUUAUAUAUUUAACAAGACCACGGAAGUAAGAAAACCUCAGCCCGACCAAGUUUAUCCAUAAUUAUAUUUUGGUACUUGGUGGAUUUUUAUUAUGGAAUCUGACCGGAAUCCUACUUGAGCAUCUUCAAGGUUGAUCAUCAGUUUCUAUUACCUGGUAUCGGGUACCCAGUUGUAACUUUACAUGAAUGGAUGAUGCCUGGAGGCAAUGAACGGUAUGGAGAGACAUGGACAUGGGCAUAAUCAUUCCCAUGCACAUCCACAUCAUCACCAUCAUCAUCAUCACCAUCCGCAUCCGCAUCAUCAUCACCACCAUCAUCCGCAUCCACAUCAUGGGUCUUCGUCCUCGUCGUCUUCGAACCAAAGUAUUGGACAGACGACACCACAGGGUGGGAUUAUCCAGCAGCAAAAAUACGCUCAUGGUCAUGCCUCUCAUGCCAGGGAGUCACCGGUGGUACCGCCGUCGGUUGGACCUGGAGGACAACAAUUACCUCCGCCGCAGCAGAAAUUACGAAAUUAUAAAUUGAUAACUGACCCAUUUCUUGUGAAAGGUGCGCAAAAAUUGUAUAGAUAUGACGGUGUGAUACCUGGUGACCCGACUUGUCCGGUUGUACAGCCACGUGAUCCUAGAUCGCAGUUGACGCGGAUAUGGACGCGUUUAGAGCAAUUAGAUUUACCAGUACCGCGUUUUAAAAUAGAUGCUAAUUAUUGCGGCGAACCACCGCCUCUUGAAGUGACGUUUUGUCAUCUUAAUGACAAUAUUGACCGUACAUUUUUGGGUGACAUGGUACAAAAAUUUGGUGUUAUUGAAGAACUGACUAUUUAUUACCAUCCGAUAACAAAUAGACAUCUUGGUAUUGCACGUGUUGUUUUUGAAACAACAAAGGCUUCGAAGGGUUGUGUUGAAAAAUUAAAUAAUACGUCUGUGAUGGGUAAAGUUUUGCGGGUUUUUUUGGAUGCAUUUGGUGAAGAGUGUAAAAAAAUUUAUGCUGAAUUAACAACGGAAAAAAAACCAGAGAAAAAAGUGGAAAAAGAUGUUAAAGUUGAAGUUGAACCGGAAAAGCAGACGCCGAUUGAUAAACUGCCCGAAGAACGUGAUGACUAUAGGAGCAAAAAAAAUACUAGCUUAGAUAAAAGUAGAACUAAUGACGGUACGUACAUUGAAAAUUCCCGGUUCGGAAAGUAUCGAGACUAUCCGACACCCGGUGGUAGCACUAGCAGUGAUAUGGGCUACGGUACGACACCAAGUGACAUGAAUUAUUCGAGUACAUAUUCACAGAGUUCGACGCCAGCUAGUUAUGAUUACUAUUACUCGGGUUAUCAUCAUCAGCCCAGUGGUUAUGUGCCAGGAAUACCAGCAGGUCCACCGCCACUUCCUCCCCCAGCGCCGACGAUGCCUACGCCGCCAAUUCAGCCGGCUGCUGGAGUUUGGUGGCCAGGUAACUCUGCUAGCUAUCCACCGCCGACAAUGUGGCCGUCACAUGUCCCACCGCCUGGAACAGUUGAAACCACUCUACCACCGUCGUCUUCAAAGCUCACGAGCACAAAAGCAGCCUCACACCAGUCGAAAAAAGAAAAAGAAAGCCAGUCAUCUACACCCAAAACAACACCACGUGAUUCCCCAGAAGAAUCACGCAAGACUCUUGAUUUAGACACGAGAAUUGCGAUGCUGCUGAAAGAUAAAGCGGGUGGAAUGGCCCCGCCGUUUUUGCAAUUCGGCAGUGACUCGGAGGAUGAAAAAAAAUCACAUAAAGCUGAGGAAGAAAUGCUGUCAAAUCCACCGAGUCCGUUCGUCUCCGAAGAGGUUUACAAAACGUGUUUUGACAAAAAGACUGAGCGCACUAAAGAACGUAGGAAACCACAUGAAAAUAACAUCAACCAAUUUUCCGUUGAUGAAGAUCUUGGUAGUGUCAUAAGUUCAAGUGAAGAUGAAGCUCUGCUGGGUAGUUACAGUCCAGCUGCAAUUGAUGCUGAACCGGAACCACCUAAAGAUCCUCCACCCCCACCACCGCCUGAUGACGAUCGUAUGUCACUCAGUUCGCUUAGUUCGGGUGAUGAAAAAAUAGAAGAAGUUAUAGCUCAAGCAGAACCACCAAAUCAUUUGUAUCCUGGGGGUCAUUAUCCUGGUCAUCUUGCACACUAUCCGCCGUCUAAUGAUAUGUACAAUUGGCCAAGACCUGCGCAAUAUCCGUACCCGUAUGGUACACCCUAUAUGCCAAGUCAGUAUCAUUCCUCGUCAUCGAUGCCCGGUGGUGUUGGAUCCCAGGGUGCGAAUUAUUAUCCAAACUUUCAUUCGAGACUGGCGAUGGCUAAUCAUAACAUCACUAAAGACAAUCCUCAAGGACCGACGAUAAAUGGCGUGCUCGACCGUGUGGUGAAUGAGUUGAAGCAAAUAUUGAAGAGGGAUUUCAACAAAAAGAUGGUCGAGAAUACGGCAUUCAAACAGUUUGAGGUCUGGUGGGAUGAGAAGAAGAAUGAGAAGAGAGACACGAGUGGUGAUACGACGACUGCUAACAACGCAGUAAAGGAGGAACCAGCAAAACCACUCACGUCAUUUUUGGAACAAGCAACACCACUUGGAUUUAAUUACGACAGCAUUAGUGGUCUUGGUAUACGGGCAAGUAUCCCGAAAAUGCCGUCAUUUAGACGUAAAGUCAAGGCACCAAGUCCGCCGCCGCAAGACGAAGACAGCCGUCAGUCAGAUCGUAUGGAUACUGAGCUGAUUGAUAGCGAUAGUGAUUUAGAUUUUUCAACAGUUUCAACUUCGAAACCCAAAAGACCUACAACUCUGCCGACCAGUGCCUCGUCUAUUUCUAGUUCUACUUCCACUGCAAGCUCAGGCUCCAGUAGCAGCAGCGACUCGAGUAGUUCUAGCGACAGUUCUGACGAUGAAGCAGAAGCCGAGUCAGACAGCAGACUAUCCGACCACCGGCCGCUGGCAUGCAACAGUGAAGACCCGGAAAUUUUAAUGGAACUCGCGAUACAGAGGUCAUUGAAUUGUCCAACACCACGUGGUCGUGAAACGCCGAUUCCUGAUAUUGACCUUGACGAUCUUACCACGGACUUCCCGCAGAUGAAUAACGAGGCAAGUCUCCCGACUACUCCAGUCCGAAUGAGUCCGAAACGAGAAUGGCCAAGUCUGCCGGAAGUCGCAUUACAAACAUCGGAAGCUCCCGUACUGUCAGUCAAAGAUGAGCCUAGAGAUAUACAGAAAAUGGAGAAUUCAGCAGCAGAAGCAUUGAUGACUCUCGCCGGGCAAGACAAUAUCAUCAGACACAAAAGUCCAGGUCCUAUCCAACCGAAUAUCAUCAGAGCUAUUGAAGACAUGUCCACGAAAUACAUCAACAAUGACCCAAUUAUUCCCGAGUCUGAAAAAAUAGAAAUGUUUAGCGAAAUACCAACGACUGAUUCUGAAGAAGAAAGUUUGGAGAUACGUAGAUUGAGGUAUCAAGCUGAGUCAGAAUUACGAUUGAACGGUCAACGCAGUCCGAGCAGUAACUCUGGUUCUCAAGUAUCCCAAGUAUUUAUGGAACAUUCAUACUCUCUUCCACCAGCGACCGUUGAACCUCCGACGGCUCCACCUUCAGCAGCACCCGCACAUCCAGCUGCUAAAGUUAAACCACAGCCGCAACCAUCACCAGCACUUACACUGUCGCCAGCGAAACCUAAACCAGUAAAGACCGAGCCAGCAAGAGAGCCCACCGAGAAGAGGAAGUACAAUAAGCACACGAAAUUAGCCGUUCACAAAAAUCAUGAACGUGAAAAAGAAAACAUCAAUGAGUUUACCUACGGAAGGGUACCGAGAAAAUUCCCAGAAGCUCCACCAGUCACUUACAAAGAACGUGACAUCAUGGCAGAGAUGGGCGUUCUCUACGAGUUCCUUACUCGCGGAAUAGACCACGAAGAUAUCGAGUACCUGCGUCGCAGCUACGAAGCACUUCUUGCUGAUGACACUCAGGGCUACUGGCUCAAUGAUACCCACUGGGUGGAUCAUCCUGCAACGGAUAUUCCUAACCCGCCUAAGAGAAGAAAGCGGGACGAGAUAAGACUACACGCGACAGGAAGCGCGAGGACUGAGGGCUACUACAAAGUUGAUGUGCGUGAAAAAGCUAAACACAAGCAUCACUACGCUCAGAGUAUACAGCGUUCUAAUGACGUUGAGUUGAAUACAAGCGUUUAUGCCAGCGGUGAAGGUAUGGCCAAUGGACCUAAAAUAAAUACCAAAGCUCUUUCGGGUAAAAUGCAAGCUCUGUCACGAGAAGCGCGCAGCAAUCAACGUCGCUUACUAACUGCCUUUGGUAUUGAUACUGACAGUGAUCUACUCAAGUUCAAUCAACUGAAGUUCCGUAAGAAACAACUCAAGUUUGCUAAGUCUGGUAUUCACGACUGGGGUCUCUUUGCAAUGGAGCCGAUAGCUGCUGAUGAGAUGGUGAUAGAGUAUGUUGGGCAAAUGAUAAGACCUAUUGUUGCUGAUUUUCGCGAAUCUCAGUACGAGGCGACUGGCAUUGGAAGCUCAUAUCUAUUUCGUAUUGAUCUAGACACAAUUAUUGAUGCAACAAAGUGUGGAAAUUUAGCGCGAUUUAUAAAUCACAGUUGCAAUCCGAAUUGUUAUGCUAAAGUAAUAACGAUAGAGAGUCAAAAGAAAAUAGUAAUCUACAGUAAACAGCCGAUUGGUGUUAACGAAGAGAUAACAUACGAUUACAAGUUCCCACUGGAGGAAGACAAAAUUCCUUGUUUGUGUGGCGCACCUCAGUGUCGUGGUACUCUUAACUAGAGAGCAAGAUGUCAAGCAAAAAAAAAAAUAUUUUACAAGACUUGUUAUUGUGCUUUGAAUGAUGAUCGCUCAUCAUCACUUCCACAACUCUCAACUGUAUUUCUAUUAACUCUUGCUCUAAAUCAUUAUCAUAAUUAUCGUUGUCGUCAUCAGUAACAUCAUUAUCAAUCACAAUCGUCAUCAAUCAUAUUCCCCUAAUUAAUCGUACAUCCCAACUCAUAUUUUUGUAAAUAAAAACCCCUAUGUAAACAUUUUUUAAAAAUGCAAUUUUGAAAAUGCUAAGUGACGAAUUAAU